CAAAAUUACAAAGCCACACACAGAUAUACACACACAUACACAAACACAUACAUUCUUACAUAUCUAAUACUCUGAAGAAGAUGAGCUCCGGAGAACUGAAGCCGUUCAAGAAGAAAGAAGGGAGUGUGAUCCCAAAGGAGCGAGAGUUGGUGAAGACUAAAGCCAUCAAAGCCAUUUGCUCUUUGUUUCGUCCUUCAUGUGAUGGUAAACAAAGUUCUCAGCCAUCCCGUGACGGUGACUGUGACUGCGAUGGCAAGCGCGUGUAUCCAACUCGCCCCUGAUCGGUCUUUUUCAUGGUGUUUAAGAUAUUUUAGCCGUCAUGAUCUUAAAUGGGUUCUUCUCCUCCUCCUCUGUUUAUCUGUUGUUUAUAAGCUUAAUUAGGCUAAAGAUUCUCUGUUUUUCCUUUUUUUUUGGCUUUUUUUUUUUUACGAUCUACAAGAAAGGGAGGUGAUGAAUGAUGGAUUAAUAUCUUUAAUACUCUUGCUAUGUAAACCCAAGUACUAUAUUUGAUCAUGAUGCGUUGUGAUUAAUUAUGGUACUAGUCAUUAAAAGUUAAAACAUACUGUUGUUAUCAUUUUAAGAAAAAAGCGUACUCUGUUUUUAUGGUGA